UACCAAAACCAAGGCAAGAUCCAAAGCUUCAGGCACUCAAACAAAUGUUGUAGUUUUGCUUCAUUCAUUUCUCACUGCUUCUCUCAUAAGUCAUAUCUCCCCCCAUCUCAUAGCUAGAGAGAAGUCUCGAGUCUGAGGCACCAUAGAACCAGCCAUGUCUUCUUCCUCUCACACAGAUCGGAUCAUGCGCCUUCUGGACGAAAACGAUGAGUUUCCUCCGGGGUGGCAUGACUGGCAUCAGAAGAGCCCUAAUGAUUUGAACAGCAAGAUCAUGCUCAUCGCCAUCAUUUCAUUAUCCGUCGUGGUUGUGGUUGUAAUACUUCUUCAUACCUACGCAAGAUGCGUCCUCAGACGCCAGACAGUUCGCCGAGCUGCCGCCCUACGCCGCCUGGGUUCGACCGUGGCCCGUGUCCACUCUACCGCCGAGACACCUAAGACCGGCCUCGAACCCUCCGUCAUCGCCGCCUUACCCGUCUUCGUAUACGGUGUGGGACGUCAGGACGGCGAUGCUGACGUCGAGUGCGCCGUGUGUCUGAGCAUGCUGGAGGAUGAAGAAAUAGCGAGGUUGCUUCCUAAUUGUAAGCACAGCUUCCAUGCAGUGUGCAUAGACACGUGGCUGAUCUCGCACCCAACGUGCCCUAUCUGCCGGACGGAGGCCGAACCCCGUAUGGCUCUCCAGCCGGAGCCGCGAGAGGGUCCUGUGGCAAACGCAACACCGACGGCUCCACCGUUGGAGCCGGUGAACUCAGUGUUGUCAUGUGCGGAAGGGACCUCGGAAGAUGGUAAAGCAGUAACUAGUGGUUCCAUUUCGAGGAUGAGUAGCUCUUUCAGGAGAAUGCUUAGUAGAGAUAGAUCUUCGAGAAGGGUACAAGCUUCAGGUCAAGAAGAUGGUUUUGAAGAUUUAGAGAGACAGUGAGUCGGUGACAGUACUGAACUUGUUUCGUAAAUUUUUGUUUACAUGUUCGUAUGUGUAUAUCACAUUAUAUAAAUUUUCCUGAGAGACCUCAGAGGUACGUACGUUACGUAUAUAGUCUAGACGGCAGCUCUGUAUGAUGGGGCUGCAUGUUUCGGGCGUCGACAUCUCCCCUUGGCGGUGCGCGGCAUAGUCGAAAACUCGAAAUGGUUGUUAUUUGUAGUACUUCUUUUGCUUGAACACGAUGGCGUGUAUAUGCAAAUAGAGGCUACAGGAUGUGGUCAAUGAUUUGUUUUUUUUUUU